AUGACUGGCCACACUCAAUCCCACAGGACAACUUCAGCCUCCUUGGCUGAUGGAACCGUCAUAUCCGUCAAUGAUCAUGUUUACAUGGCAUCAGAGUUCAUCGGGGAGUCCUAUUAUAUCGGCCGUGUCAUGGAGUUCGGGAAGCAGAUCAAAGGGAAAUCACUUCAGGUUAGGAUCGGCUGGUUUUACCGCCCAAAGGAUGUCAUGGCUCGCAGGAAUCACGACCCUCGUCUCUUGGUCGCAACAAUGCACUCAGAUAUGAACCCGCUGACGAGUAUCCGUGGUCGCUGUACCGUCACCCAUCAAGCCUACAUCAAGGACCUGGACGCCUACAAAAAGAAGCCUGAUCACUUUUACUACAACCAACUUUUUGAUCGUUACAUCCACCGUUUCUACGAUGUCUUGCCAGUCGACUCUGUCCGCAAUCUGCCGCCAGAUGUCGCAGAAGAGCUCACCAGGAGAUACCAGUACAUUGUGGUCGAGGCGGGAACAGCCUCUGAAUACACUGAUGCCCACAGGGUGUGUCUGAUCUGCAAACGAUGGUGUGCCAGUGGUGAGGCACUAAAGUGCAUCAUGUGCCAAGGUUUUCACCACAUGCUCUGCAUCAACCCUCCUAUGUUACGAAAACCCUCCAAGGGAUUCGCCUUCCAAUGUGCUCUAUGCACCAAGCUCGCCAUGGACUCUGCCUCAUCCUCUCCUACAGCACUGAAACAAUCCUCAAUUGUCAACAACUCUGCGGGUUCUUCAGGACAGAACUCUCCCCGUGGAUCACCCAAACAAAAGUCUGUCGCUACCUUGACAGUGGUACCCGCGACUAGGAACAGCAAUACCCGGAACGAUGCCAAAUCGUUGCUUGCCUCUGCGCCCUCGACAUCCCAGGAUCAGAAAAUGUCCCACAUGUGGCCCUUUCGUUACUUUGGCACUCAUGCCGACAUUCAGGAUAUCUUUGACCCUGAUGACCGAGUGUACCCACGUGCCUCGAGUCGAGUUGGAGCAAGGUAUCAGGCGGUGGUUGUCAAGUGGGAUGGACCUGGACAGAUCUUGGUGACAUCGACUAUCUUUGACGACCCACAAUACAAUCUUUUAAAGAGCAAGACAAAGAAGGGAGGUCGCGGUGGAAGACCUCCAUCGAACAAGUUGAGGGUCCCAGAAGAACAAUUCGACACACAAUCAAGGGCACAUUCAGCAUCGUUGGAAGGCACGGCGGAUGGUCUGGAUACGCCACAGGCACCGUCGUCGCCAGCGAGGUCAGGAUUGGGGAUCGACGAUGGAUCGGUGCACCUGGAGCGUGGCGGCGAGGACACGGCCACGUUGCAGUACUCUAAGCCGAGCCACAUCACGGACGAAUAUGUGGCUGACUACAUGAGUCGGGUCAAGGAACUAUCUCUACCCCUGCCUGCACACUCGGCUGACCUGAUUGACCGGGCAUUGUCUGCCUUGCAGAAAUCAGGAUUUGAUGCCGACAUGGCCCUCAAGGAGAUAGCCACGGUGCAAAAACUGGAUUUCGACAUUGUGGAUUGGACACCCAAGGAGAUCGAGGCCUUUGAGGAAGGGAUCCGGCUCUAUGGCCAUGAGCUGUUCGCGAUCAAGAAGAAGGUCGAGACCCGAUCUAUGAAAGACAUUGUCCGUUUCUUUUACAAGUGGAAAAAGACCGAGCGCUACCAACCCGUCUAUUCGGUCUUUACAAAGAUCAACAAGCCAAACAAAAAAUUCAAGUCUGUUGGACGAGCUGCCGUCAUGUCACCGGUGGUCGAGCUGGGAAGUCGUUCAAAGGCGAAUGGAGAAACACCUCCCGACAACGUUCUGGAUCGCGACUGUAUUAUCCUCCCAACGGCUGAGAAUGUGAACAAGUUUGAGUGCAUCCACUGCGCCACCACCAGCACGACAAUGUGGCGCAAGACACCUGGAGAGGUCGAUCGGCAAAAGAAGUUUCCUCGAGUCUACUGCAACGACUGUGGCAAUGACUGGGUUCGAUAUGUGACUCUGCCGCCUUUGACAGACUCGAUCAAGGAAAGCAAAAAGAACAGGAAUAAAGAGAAGGAAAAGGAGAAGGACAAAGAGAAAGACAAAGACAAGGACGUCACAGUGAAAGGACAAGCCAAUGGAAAUGGCAAGCCGUCGCCAGUAGUGAUAGUGUCAGAGCCAAGUGCUCCUGGUGUGAAGCGCAAACGGAGCGAACCCAAGAGCGCCACCACAAAGAGGAUCAAGGAACAGUCACGGGAGCCUACCAGAUCUCCUUCGCCAGAUCCGGAGGUGCCAUGUGCCGUUUGUGACCACCUGGCGACUCCAAGCAGUCAAAUGCUGAACUGUUCGACCUGCCAUCUUGCUGUCCAUCCAGAUUGCUAUGGUGAAGCGUCAACUGUCCCGACACGGAAAUGGAACUGCGAUACGUGCCUCAACAAUCAGAACCCAACCUGCUCAACGACGUAUAACUGCGUGCUGUGUACAAAGACAUCCGACAACCAACCACAGGCGCUCAAACAGACAACGGGACACAAUUGGGCUCAUAUUCUUUGCGCCGUCUGGAUCCCCGAAAUCAACUUUGUUAAUGUGGAAGCACUCUCGCCUAUCGAGUCGGUCGGCCGGAUUCGCCAUGAGCGGUGGAGACAAACCUGUUCGAUCUGUAAGCAAAAGGCCGGUGCUUGCAUCACGUGUGGUGAGGGUUGCAAGAAGGCGUUCCAUGUCACCUGCGCUCGUGAUGCGGGGUACAAGAUUGCAUUUGAGAUGCAGCCCACCAAGAAUGUCAAGGGCGGACUGAUGGUGCCAAUGGUCUGGUGUCCCAAUCAUGACUUGACAUCUCGUAAGGUGAUCCAGAUUCGGGACCAGCCGGACGCGUUGACGGACCGAAACGCUCUCCAGACCUAUGUCCAUUAUUACAAGCAGUGUGAUACCACUAUCGCGAGCGCGAUGAGGAAGAGCAGACUGUUGAUGGCGCUGAACCCAGGUAUUGGAGCGUCUUCCCCUUCAACGUGGCAGCAGAGUCAUGGGUUGAACGGAAGGAGGACGUCUCAUGGAGGAUAUGGCGUCAAGGUCAGGACAUCUUCAUACCAGUCUGUGGAGGAGAACUGUAGACGGUGUGCUGCAACCACUUCUCCGAUUUGGUGGGAGGACAAAGUGGAGGAGGGUCAGCAUGCCAAUGGACAUUCGGGACCGCCAUACACGCCGCCACCUUCGCAGCCUCCUUUGGACAGGAACACACGUAUCAAAGUCGAGAGCCAGGAGGAGCACAAACAGGACGGGUCUUCGUCGUCGCCUUUGAUUAAUAGCCACCCACGCUCACAACAACAUACUGAGUCGUCGUUACUCUGUCAUGCUUGCUACUGGGAUUCUCAACAUUCAGCAGCUGUUUAG